AUGGCAGCUUCGUCGCACAAUACUUUCCCUCGCUCUCCCAACCCGUCCACAAGAUCAUACGACUCCUCUUCAGUCUCGUCAGCGACUUCCCCCAGGCCACAAGUCCAGUACAUCAACAGCCUCAUGAGCACGAGCGUCAGGUCGAACAUCUCACAUACGCCCCAGCCGAUAGGGAUCCCGCCACUGCCUUCCGUUGGCCACUCGUCGUUUCAACCAUACACACCCGUGACGGCAUCUUAUGUGAUGGGCCGCGACUCCUUGCCCUCCAACGACUCUGUAGCAAGCACCCCGGGCUUUUCGAGCGCUCAACUAUCAGCGAAUGUCCAGGCUCAGAAGCGAGCUUACCGUCAGAGGAGGAAGGAUCCCAGUUGCGAUGCGUGCCGGGAAAGGAAGGUCAAGUGUGAUGCCACGGAAACGACAAGUUGCUCCGAGUGCUCGAGCCGCAAUGUUAAAUGUCAGUUCACAAAGGAGACGAACCGGCGGAUGUCGUCCAUCAAACAAGUACAGGACCUGGAAAAACAAGUCGAACGAGUACGGAGGGAAAACAACAACCUACGGCGUACCUUGGCUGAUCGCGGUGGCCAAAUGGAGGUCGAAGCUGAGGGCGUGGAUCAGCUGCCACUCCAUCUCCCAGACCCAAGUUCCGAGCCUAGAAAGAGAAAACGAACACCGGCCGUACAUGACCAUUCCCGAGCAAGAGCGGCAUUUCGAAGCAUCUCUAAAGGCAUUCUCAAGCCUCCGGCACCACACCGUCAACUAAUAGAAGCUGCACCUCUAGACCAGCCCCUACCACAACUACCGCCCAAGGCGACGGCAGAGAAACUACUGCAUGCUUACUACGGAGCAGUGCAUGUCAUGAUGCCCAUUCUCCACUGGCCGACACUACAACAUGAAGUUGACAGGCUAUACCAGAGCAGUGAUCUCCGACAGGUCCCUACCUCCUGGCUUUCCAUGUUCCUCGCCGUCCUCGCGAUGGGUAGUCUGUUCAGCGACGAUCCGUGUCCCGAUCGAACACUGCAAGCGAGCGAGUUCUUAGAAGCUUCGCGAAGUCUGACAGAUCCGUGGAACAACGACUUUGUGCUGGACGAUAUACGCGUGCUGUUCCUGGUCUCCAUGGCUUUGAACGAGCUGAACUUGAAAUCGGCGGCUUGGACGUGGCUAGGCAAGGCUGUGAGGAGUGCGCAGGAUUUGGACCUUCAUCUGGAAGUUGGGCUACGCUCCAGAGUCGAGGCGGACAUGCGCCGGAGGGUCUGGUGGGCGAUAUACGUACUUGACCGUACCUUGUCAUUGGAUCUUGGGCGCCCUUUCAUGAUCGACGACGCCGACUGCGAUACCGCCCUUCCCGAGCCCUGCGACGACCACUACCUCCAUACCGAGGGUCCGAUCCACCCUCUUAAUGCCAGCCCGCUUACCCAUUUCCUACACGUCAUCAUCAAUGUGGUACGGUCAUUUUCCUCCCUGAGGAAAGCCUUCUCAGCGCCGGUAAUCGAGAGACCAAGACUGGCAACAUUCGACAACCACUUCAUUGCUUGCCAGAAGACCUUUCCGCCCGCUUGCGAACCGAACAGCUCACUUGCCAUUGCUCCACAUAUGCUAAUGCCUCUCGCAUACCUCCUGAGUGCGCGGCUGCAUUUGCAUCGACACAAUCUGGCUCCAGGGUGCCCUACAGAAGCUCGCGUGGAAGCCAUAGAACAGUGCUUGGUGACGGCACUCGAUACAGCUCAGCUUAUAGGCCGCACCAAUGCAAGUCUCGCCGACUCGGCCACGGCACUCCUCGCAACUCACAUCUUUCGCUCUACACUCUUCCUUCUGCUAACGGGCUACUACGACCAAGCGAGCACCUGCAUGCGAGCUCUCAAGUCGAUCGAUGCUCGAAGGGAUGUCGUUGUGCCCUGUGGACGCUACCUAUUCUUCUUCGUUCGCACCCUAGCCACCAAGCAGCAAGAGCUGGCAGUCAUGCUCCCACGAUCGACACCACCUGGAUACGCGCCCGGGUACCCGCCCGCAAUCCCGACGGUCGAUCCCCGAGCCAUGCAAGACGCUUUGAUGCGGGAUGAGGAGCUUCUGAUAUAUGUCAGUGCUGACAUGCAAGCUGGUGCCGAAACAGCAUGGGUGUGGAUAGGGGCAGAACGCGAUCCGCCAGUCAUCACUCCGCCCCCGGUCAGAGGACUUGCUGCACCCGAAAAGCGGACGGGGCUAAGCGUCGACGAGCGACAGGAUUGGGGAGGUUGGGAUAAUCUUCUUGAGCUUGCCAGAGGGUUGGGUUCAGGAGUACCCAGCCCUAUCGCGAACUACGGACCACAACCUCGAACUCUGCCGCCCAUCAAGAUGGAUCAAGCAGCCGCCAUACCCCGGAGCGGCACUAUAGGUCCCGACAGCAACAGGAACAGUCCGACUGCUGGGUCGAGCUCAGGCAUCCGCAAUAGCGAGAGGAUCAGCAUUGCGAACAUCAUCUAA